AUUCAUGGGUGGCAGAAGAAAGAAUCUCAACCCUUCUAUAAAGAGUGCUCUUCAUUACCAAUCUUUCCAUCUCAUUUCAAAUUAAACUUCACAUUAACCAUCAUUAUAUAUCGCAACUACAAGCAAAACCUGCCCUUCACUAACAAAAAUAGUCUCUCCAUCGCUUCACCUCCUCUCUGCCACCAACGCUAUUUUCAAUGGAUGUCUUCUUUGAAACGCUAAGAGGCAUACCAUUCUCCAUUGAAGUGGGUUUCUUUGACACAGUCCUAGAGAUCAAAGAAAAGGUUCACAAAUACCAAGGCAUACCCAUAAACAAGCAAACCCUAGUUUUCAAUGGCCAAGUCCUUCAGGAUAAUUGUGAUGUGGAAUACUAUGAAAUCCUUCAAAACUCUCACAUUCAGCUCCACAUAGCUCCAGAUAAUAACGAUAAUAUGCCUCAAAUCAAGAUUGAAGAAUCCUCAUCUUCCAACAAAAUUCAACUCAACAUCAAAAUACCAUCCUCUAAAAUGCUUGUCCCUCUAGAGAUGGAUGUAGAUGAUACUAUCCUACAUUUAAAAGAGAAGAUACAUAAGAUGGAGCCUAUUCCAAUCCAGAGGCUAAUCCUUCAAUCCAACGAUAGAGAAUUGCAGGAUAAUUGGUCUUUACAUGAGUGUAAGCUAAUGGAUGAUAGUGAAAUUGACUUGAACAUAAGGUCAUCAUCCAUUGAUUCAGGGACAGUGUUGACAGGGGCCACCACUAGAACCAAGAAGUUGAAGCUGAUGGUGCUGCCUAAGCCUGGGACUAAGAAGAUAGCGGUGGAAGUGAACGCAUCAGACAAUGUUGCGGAGCUAAGAAAAGAGCUGCAAAAGUUGAACCAGACACCAGAAGGCUACUUUUUCACAUACAAACAGAAUGUGAUGGAUGAUGAUAGGUCCUUUAGGUGGCAUCAUGUUUGCCAAGGUGAUACAAUUGAGAUAUUCAAUGGAAGCGUUACAGGUGGAUCCUAAAUCUCAUGUACUGUGUUAGUUGGUUAAUUUCAUGGGGUAGGGUCUUUUUGUUAUGUUGUGUGCAACAUCAUGCAUCAGUUAUGUAGGAAUAGCAUCAAUUUUAUUGUACCAUUUAUUAUCUUUUACCUUUUCUUUCAAAUUAAUGUAGCUGUUUGCUUUAGUAAUACAUAUAUUUCAAGUUUGUCAUUUCUUAAAAGAUUAUUUGAUGCAAUCAUUGUACAUAUAAUGAUUAUAAUGAUAUCGUUAUACAUAUAUUAUAUAAUUUUUCGUUUAUCAAACAUUAUAUAAUAGAAUCUCUUGAUUUCAAAGAAA